GGCCUUUGCCUUCCCAAAAUGGGUACAGACAUUAAAUAAAAAAAUAACCGCAAACUUUGGAUGUUGUCUUUAUUUACGGCUAUAAAAAUGGAAAAGCUUUGGAAAAUUGGAAAACUAAUAAUUAGCAAACUGUGACUUAUCAGAAUCAUCGGUACAAGCUUUGGAUACAAUUGUGGAUAACACAAACAAGCUAUAUAGUAAGAAAGAACUUUGAAAAGCCGACUGAGCCAAAGUUAUUAAGUAUAACUUCGUUUACGUAUUGAUUUUUCUUUUCUUUUUAUUUAUAAAGCACGGCGUAUACUUGAAGAUUUAUUUUCCACCGUAAAAAAAUGGCUACAGAAUGUGUUUCAAUAAAGCAAGAGGUGGACAUAGAAAUUGCCCCAGAAUUGGUAAUUAUUAAAGAAGAAAUAAACACCGAAUCUUUAUUUAUCAAGCAAGAACCAGAAGACGAUGUUCUAUCAAAUACAAAUGCGUACAGCGAAACCACAGAAAUAGUCCCAAAAUUUGUAAAUACUCAGCUAGAAGUAGAGACGGAACCUUUAUUUAUAAAACAAGAACCAGAAGACGAUGUUCUAUCAAAUACAAAUGGGUACAGUGAAGCCGCAGAAAUAGUCCCAAAAUUUGUAAUUCCUCAACAAGAAUUAGAAACGGAACCUUUAUUUAUCAAGCAAGAACCAGAGCUGGAUGUUCUAUCAGACAGAAAUGAGGUGUGCGAUAUCGAAGAAAUGGUCCCAGAAUUUGUUACUGUUAAACAAGAAAUAGAGAUAGAAUGCAGUGAUUUCAGGUUGAAUGGAGCGCCAAAAACUGCUGCAGAACGUGGCCGAGAAUUCAGAGCACGAAGAGCAUUGCUCAGACAACAACGUAAACAACAACAAGAAGCAGAUGCAAAAGUUGAAAUUACUACAGACGACAAUCAACUCUCUGAAAUAACGACAAUGGAAAAAAGAGCAAAGCGCAGAGCGGCAACACGACGAUAUAGAGAGAAAAUAAGGGCGUCAGUGGGUUAUCAAAAAAAACAGGCGAAGACUGCAGCUCAACGCAUGCGAGAAUACCGACAGAGAAAAAAAUUUAAUAAUUCAUCGGGAAAUAAUGAAGAACAGUCAGACCAGAGAAAACAUAAAAAAAAACAGCCCAAAACUGCAGUUCAACGCAUGCAAGAAUACCGAGAGAGAAAAAGAUUAGCAAAGAAAAUGUUGAAGCAGAGUGAUCAAGAUUUAGAUGCUAUGGACAGUACAUCGUCAUCAUCACAAGUGGAUCAAAGGGCUGGUCCAUCAACAGAGAAUUUACAAUCACAGCAACAAAUUGAAAGAUCAGAAGAAUAUCGUGAGAGAAGAAGUGAUAAUGUCAACAUGAAAUCUGUCGAUCCAGCUGUACUUGAACGGAAAAGACAAUUAAACAAACAACGACAAAGGAGGUAUAGAGCGAGGAAAAGAUUUGAAUCGUCUUGUACAUCUUCGCAUCAAGCACAGACAGAAAGAGUACAAAGCAAUGUUUCUCCUCGAGAUUAUGAACAAGAAUACUGGGAGGAGCAAGAUAUAAACCAGAGGAAUAGAGAAAACGAGAAACUUCAACAAACCGUCAAAUCGGAAACAAAUUCUGACAGCGAAGACUUUACAUCAAACGAUGAAUCCAUUGAACAAGAUCACGAUGACAUCAAUCAGGACAAUGAAUAUCUUAAAGAAUAUAGAAGACAACACUUCCCAGUGUUGUUUUCUAUAUUGAACAAAAAAGAAGAAAUAAACCGAAACAGAAGAGAAAUAAGAAGAAUCGAAGCGGGCGAGCCGAUAUCUACAGACGAUAAACAGUAAGUGUGUUGACAAUAUCUAUUACUAGCUGUGCCCCGCGGUGUUUAUCAGUGAUAUUCUGCCGCAGUAAAACGUAGCCUAUUGGAGUUUACUCCUUAAGAAUCGAAUUGCAUAUAUAAGGGGCCCGGUAUGAGAAAAAUGUGAGGAGUAAAAUCUAUCGAUGAAUGACCUCGUUACGUUUUUGGUGCGCAUCCUAUGUCGCGCAACUUUGACAAACAAAGAUGACGGAUUGACAUUAAUUGUUAACCACUUGUCACUGUAAUUAAUAAUGCAGACAAUGUUGAUUUAAUUAAUAUUUAAAAAAAUGAUAAUAGUCUGAUAAUAAUAAUUACAUAAUUUAUCAACAUUCCUAAUGAUAUAUUUAUGCACAUCUGAUAUUGACUAUUGUAAAAAGUUUAAUGUAAAAUAUUUCGUCGAUUAGUUAUAAUAAAUGUAUAAGAAAUGUUUAAAUAUAUAUUUAUAUACCUAUAUUAUUUUCAUUAAUUUGUUAAUCUACCCUUUCAUACAGUAUCAAUCUUUUUUAAGUUAAAUAAACUCUUUUUGCGUCUGGUUAGACUAUCGAACUUAAGGAGUAAACUCCAGUCGUGCGUCGGAGCUGACACACACAAUUUUUUUUAAUCCAGGAUGUCAGCUAACUCCUUACCAAAUUUUAUUAAAAUCGCUCCGGCCUUUUAGACGUGAAGAAGUAAUAAACAUACACACUCGCAAACUUUCGCCUUUAUAAUAAGUAUUAGCGGGACUAGCAUUUGCCUGUGACUUCGUUCGCGUUAACUUUAGUUUUUGAAGUGAAAACUUCUUUUCGCACGGGGUGUAAAUGGAAAAAAUCCUGUGGAAAAGAUGAAACGGAAAUGCGUCACGCGCGUCACACGACUAUGUAAAUGUUAGUUAGUUAGUUCUUCAGGGCGGUUUCCGCACUUAGUCCUAAUUAUUGGACCAUUGUGCGUGUCUCAAAAACAUUCCCGUUUACUCCAGCCAGCCUAUGUCGGUCCAGAAGGAAAGCAGCCUUGGUAGACUGCUGCAAGCUUCCGGAAACGAUUCUGGCGACUGGAGAAGUCAUGCCCGUUGGUCGGCCACACUCCUGCAUUCCAUGAUGACAUGCUGUGGCGUUUCUUCCGACUCCAUGCAUCCUCUGCAUAGGGGGCUGUCUGACGACUAUGUAUAUAUGUGUGUGUGUGUGAUGAAAGUUGGGAAGUAACUCGGCGAAGGCUGAAACGCUACGAGCGUCACGAGCGAAUAUAUAUAUAUGUGUGAUACGUGCGCUGCUAUCCUAUGCCUUAUGCACCGCCUAAUGCUAGAUUAGGUUAGGGUAAUUUAUAAAAAGAACAACAUUUACUUCAGAUUUGUGGUGUGCACACUAUUUUUUUUGAAAAUCCCUCAAAGCUAUUACGCGCAGUCCUCGACUUACGUCGUUUCGAUUUACGUCAUUUUAAGUUACGUCAAACAAUGUUUUGACACUAUUCUGCAAGCAUAGGUAUGCUUGAACGAAAUGACGUAAGUCGAGACAUCCCCACGGACGUCGGCCCCACGGAUAUUGACCUUGCUACAAGUGAAUUCUUCUAUGCCGGAAAUCGAAACAAUUGACCUCAAUUGACAAAAGUUUAGAGAAUCAUGUCAGAAUUGACAUCUAUGUUUGAUUUAACAUACACUGUGCUUACGAUAGUAUUGUAGGAAGGCCAAAGGGGAAGAUCUUCCUCCGAGCUGUGUGACGUUAGCUCGGGGGCCGCGGCCCGACUGAUGUUGGUCGGGCAUCGUAUAUAUGAAGAGUUAGCCUCCGAAUUUCAUUUGCGCGAUGUAGGCUUCCAUACUAAUAUUGAUCGCAGUGCAGGUAACGCCAUCUCUUGAGGAUGGUGAGUAAUGUUUUCCUACAUCCGUUGUAUAUCUGUGGGGCAUAUAGAUGUUGCCGCCACAGUAUCAUUAUACUUAUAUGGCCAGUUUCAAUAAUCAACCCCCAGGGCCUUAUUUCACCAAAUCGACAUAUGUCACUGACAUAUGCCAUAAAAAAGGCCAGUCCUCGUACUAACGGCAUGUUAGGUUCUCGAAAUAAGCGACGUAAAUCGAAACGACGUAAGUCGAGACAUCCCCACGGACAUUGACCUCGCGACAAGUGAAUUCUUCUGUGCCGGAAAUCGGAACAAUUGACGUAUGCUUGAAGAAUAGUGUCAAAAUAUUGUUUGACGUAACUUGAAACGACGUAAGUCGAGGACUGCCUGUAUAGUCAAGGAUACAAGAGAUUUGAUAAGUGUAAAUUCAUUUAGAUUGGAAAAGACGCAGAAUGAUAUAGUUUGUGAUAUGACUGACAGAUAUUAAUUAAUGCGUAAUGAGUUGAUGAAAGUUUGUGUGGACAAUCGAUUCAUUUAAAGCAGUGGCAAUAAAGAAUAAGUAAUCUACAAUGUCUUUUUUUGCUGCUUAAGAUAUUAUGAAAUGUAGUUAAAUAUUCACUGUGAAUUCUGAGUUACCUGUACCCUUAGUACGAGUUUGAGCUCGCGAAAACUAUCAUAGUUUUCGUAAUUGUAAAUUAUGUUUCUGUGUCCAUUUUGGUGAAAAGUAACCAAAUAUACUUAAAAUUUAAGAAGACGCAAACGAUUUAAUGAUAGAAUUUAAACACUGUUUAUUUGUAUUGAAACGAAAACAAUAAAAUCAGUACCCUUAGUACGAGUGCGAGCUCACGAAAACUAUCAUAGUUUUCGUAAUUGUAAAACUCGUACUAAAGGUACUGAGACACUUAAAAAUUGUGUCACUAAAAAUAUUUCGGACAGUUAUUAACAGUAAACGUACUCACCACAUACAAAAAUAUUAAUUUAAAUAGUUUACAAAACAUCCUAAAAUGGCGAUUUGUACUUACAAUACUUUAACGCCCCCGCAGUGUUACCAUCCUUAUGACGUCAAAUUAAAUGAAAUCAAUAAUAUUUAUUUAUAUCAAGUACUUAUAUCUAUUAUUACAGGUAUAUACCCAAGGCAAUAGAUACAUCCAUUUGAGAAAUACAUUAUAAUACACAUUGGAAAAAAUAAUUAAUUGAAACCGAUAAUAAUUCACUCAGUCAAUUUUGUAAAUUCGCUCAGAGCACAAACGAAUAAUAUAUAUAAUAAUAAUAUAUUUAUUUUCCAUCACAACAGAGAGAUCCUAGUUUGUCUAAUCAUAACAAUCAUAAUUAAAAUCAUUUAUUCAGUUUAGUCUGUUACAAGCACAUAUGAAUGUCUAGAAGCUACGCCAUCGGUUCAUAAAUCUACGGCGGGAGACCUUGUACUGAGAAGAACCUGCAAGAAACUCAGCAAGGGCUGUUUUUUUCUCCCUGUUUUAUCAUUUACAGAGUCGUCAAGUUGAAAAAUAACUUCAGAGAUGAUUCAUGAAGUCACCUUUCAUUAGAUAAUGUGAAAUUAUACAUUAAUUGUUCACCUGCAUUUUGAUUGCUGUGUCACACAGUAUAAAUACAAAUACAGUUAUUUAUAACUGGGCUUGUAACCGGUUUCGAAAAUACCGGUAAAUAAAUAUUAAUACCGGUUUUUAGUAAAGGUUUCGUUCGGAGCGCGUCCGAAAUGAAAGCGGUACCUAAAACCUUAAUAAACCGGUUUAAUCCAGAGCGACACGUGCACGCGUCGGCAUCGCUUGAAGUUUGUUUUGUUUGAACUAAUCAAGUCACAACUUGUUAAUGCUCAGAGAUUGAUGCAUUUAUUGACACGUUUGCUAGCGUCUAGUGA